UGGCGCUCAGAUGAAAAUGAUGAAUGGCGGCAAGCGAAAGAAGAAAACGUGAUUAAUAAGAUAACAUUAAAGAUGGCUUCAAUUAUUGGCAGUGGUUUACCUCCUUUUGCUCAGCAAGAUGUUUUGGAUAAUGCUGGAAGAUUGAUAGAUAAACAUAUACAGGAAGAUCAAAGUUAUGUUGAUCUGUCUGAACUUAUUAGAGUUCAAACUCAUAAUCAGCCAACUGUUAGUGGCCUUCAUGAUUAUGAUUAUCCAAGUCUAUUAGAAGUAGGAAUGGGGAUUGAUUCAUUGAGAGAGGUGUCCAGUGCCAAGCGUGUCCCCUUACCACCAGAAUUAGUUGAACAAUUUGGACGUAUGCAGUGUAGUUCCAUGAUGGGUUUAUUUCCAGAAAUCGAGAGAGCUUGGUUAGCUAUAGAUUCAGAUAUAUUUGUAUGGAGAUAUGAAGAUGGAACUGAUUUAGCAUAUUUUGAUGGAUUAAAUGAAAAUAUUUUGAGUGUAGCACUAGUCAAACCAAAGAAAGAUAUAUUUCAGCCACACAUUCGUUAUUUAUUAUGUAUAGCUACACCUGUCGAUUUUGUACUACUUGGAGUUAGUUUUGCAAAAACAUAUGAUGGUGGAGGUGGUGAAGGAGGUAUGGGAGAGAUGCAUUUACUACCUGAUCCAUUAUUCUCUAUACCUACUGAUAAUACUUAUAUAACAUCUAUUACUGGUACUGAUAAUGGUAGAAUAUUUAUGGCAGGAAAAGAUGGCUGUUUAUAUGAGUUAGUUUAUCAGGCCCAAGAUGGAUGGUUCAGUAGAAAAUGUCGAAAAAUAAAUCAUUCAACUAGUAAUUUAUCCUUUCUCGUACCUUCAUUCCUCAACUUCUCAUUCAGUGAAGAUGAUCCACUAGUACAGAUCAGUAUAGAUAAUAGUCGUAAUACUUUAUUUGCUAGAACAGAGAAAGGAAAUAUACAGGUAUUUGAUUUAGGUGAAGAUGGAAAGGGUAUGGGACGAGUAGCAUCACUAUCACAUCAAAAUAUUACACAAAGUGCUUACUUAAUAGCCAGGACAAUUGAUAGAUCAAAUUAUAAAACAUUAGUUAGUAUUUCUGCUCUUACUAAAGCUGAAUCAUCUAAUAUACAUUUAGUAGCUGUUACACAUUCAGGUGUUAGACUGUAUUUUACAACAAAUCCGUUUGGUGGAAGUAAAUCACGACCUACUAUGCUAACGUUAGUACAUGUCCGUCUGCCACCAGGUUUUACAGCUAAUGCUGUUACACAAUGUCCUUCUAAAGUAAACAAAUGCUGUUAUUCCAAAGGCGUAUUAAUGAUGGUGUCAUCUCAGAAUGAAUUAAAUGAUUUAUUGUGGUGUGUUAGUAAUGACUCUUUUCCUAUACAAACACAGUUAAUGGAAGCUCAUACAACAUUAAAUAUAGAUGGUCCGACAUGGGCUAUGGCUGAAGUACCAUGGAGUAGUAUAAUUAAUAAUGAUAGUGGACGAACUGGUAGAAUAGAAAAGGCUGAUCCUCCAAUAGUAGUACAACAACAUAUAGAACCAUGUCGUAGAUUUAUAAUACUCUCUUCGCAGGGGAGUCAUAUCUUCCAAAAGUUACGGCCAGUUGAACAGUUGCAACAAUUACUGAUUGACAGUCAAGGACCUGAUUCAGAGGAAGUCAAGGGAUUUUUCAGACUACAUAGGGUGGAACAAGCAUGUGCAACGUGUUUAAUUUUAGCAUGUAGUAGUCGUAGAUCAGCUGCUGAUCCCAAGGUAUCUGAUUGGGCUAGAAUGGCUUUCUUUACAUAUGGUGGAGAACCACAAUAUCAUUAUAGUGCAUCAAUGGCUGCUCAUGGUAUGCAGCCAUCAAAUAUUGGAGCUGUAUACUCUAGUGUACCCGCUACUCCCAGUACCACAGUAGUAUAUAGUCCUAGUUCUCCAUAUAAUACAUCUAUGUCACAGAAUAUACAGACACCUCAUCCAGGAAUGCAGCCAGCUCAUAUGUCAACACCAGCCCAAGGUUAUAAUCAAUCAUAUUACCAACCUUCUAUGAUGCAACCAAUGGGUGGUCCCAUGCAGGAUGUAAUGUUUUCUGGUAAACACAAUGGUAUUUGUAUCUAUUUAGGAAGAAUAUUGAGGCCAUUUUGGGACAGACCAGCCACAACAGAGUUUCCUUGUCAAACAGAUCAAGGUUUAUUAUAUUAUUUCAGCAGUAGUUUUACCAGUGAAGAAAUUAUCAUUACAUUAGAACUUGUACGAGAUUUAUCUGAUUUUGUUGAUUUUAAUGCUCAAGUAGAUUUUGGUGGGUCAGGAGAAAGCGUGGCAAGUGGUUUUUCAUCAAGGAUGAUGGGUGGAAGAUAUUCUGAUGCCAUGAUGGAUGAUCAAACCCGGAAAAAAUUAGCAAAUGAAGCCCAGAAAUUAGAGAAGAUAUCAUUACAACAUGUUAGAGAAUUGAUACAUCAAGUAGAAGAAGUAUUAGGUCUUUGGAAAGUUCUAGUAGAUCAUCAGUUCCAUGUUUUAGCUGCUUGUUUAACUAAGGACCAACAGAAUCAGUUACGUUCCAUGACAUUCAAAAGUCUAGUCAUAAAUGGCCGAGAGCUAUGUGGAUCGCUAAUUACGUGUCUUAUAUCACGCUAUUUGGAUGAUAAUGCUACUAUAGAUGCCAUCAGUUCUAGAUUACGAGAUGUCUGUCCUAAUUUAUACAGUACAGAUGAUGCUACUUGUUCUAAGGCUAAUGAAUUGUUACAAGCUACUAAAACUAAUCAAAAUCAGUUAGAAAAACGUAGACAGCUACAGGAAGCUCUUAGGUUAUUUAAAGAUGUUAAUCAGCCAUUACAACUACCAGCAGUAUGUAAUCAGUUAGCUAGUGUUAAUUUCUAUGAAGGAAUAGUUGAUCUAUGUUUAACAGAAUCUAAUAAAUUAGAUCCACAGAAUUUAGCUCUACAUUUCUAUAGAUGUUGUGAACCACCAGAAGAUCAACAAGGAAUGCAAGCUUUUAUAAAUCGAAUGGAAUGUUAUAAAUGUAUAACGGAUACAUUAGGUUAUUUAUGGUCAGCCAGCACAUCACAUCCCCAGGCACCCAGUAUACCUAAAUCACCAGGUCCACCACAAGCUCCUGAUCCUACUAGAAUAUCAUCUGUACAAGCUGAACAAUUUAGAAAUGAAGUAUUUCAACUGUCUCUAAAGUCUGAUGAUGAGUUAUUCCAUGUAGCAUUAUAUGAUUGGUUGUUUCUAGAUAAUCAUUUAGAUAAACUAUUAGAGAUCCAGACACCAUUUAUGGAACCUUAUUUGAAACGUAAAUCAGGAACCCAUGGUGAUAAUGUAGCAGCAUUAGAUAUGUUAUGGAAAUAUUAUGAGAAAAUUCACAACUUUCCUGCUGCAGCAAGAAUAUUGUCUAGAUUAGCUGAUAGACCAGGUGGUGAUGUAUCUCUACAGCAGCGUAUAGAGUAUUUAUCUAGAGCUAUUAUGUGUGCUAAGAGUGCCACAUCAAGAAUUAGUUCAGCAGCAGAAGGAGAGUUUCUACAUGAAUUAGAAGAAAAAAUGGAGGUUGCCAGAUUACAGCUUCAAGUACAUAGAGCUCUGUGUAAAAUACCACAUAGAUCACCUAUGAUGAAAGAAGCAUUAAAUCGUUUAGAUUCUUGUCUUAUUGAUAUCACUAAAUUAUAUGAAGAUUUUGCUGAUAGAUUUGAUUUAUCAGAAUGUAAAUUAGCUAUUGUUCAUUGUGCUGGUUUAUAUGAUGCAGCUCUAAUUGAAAAUCUCUGGCAGAAUAUCAUUGAUAAAGAAUUUGAUGCUUGUUCAUCAGCAGAUAACCAGUCUCGUGUAACUAAUAUUAGUAACAGACUUGUUGCUAUAGCUCAGUUAUACUCCGAUACAGAAAGAUACUUUCCUCUAGCUUUUAUAUUGAAAUAUCUGGAACAAAAGAGUUGUGAAUUAAACUUUGACCCUCACUGGGUUUACAGAGCCAUGUUACAGAUCCAUGUUUCACCAGAAAAACUACUAGAACUUUAUGAUAGAAUGUUCAAAUCAAAGGAUCCAUAUUGGCAGACAAUACAUCGUCCUCUACAUUUAUUGGUAGUACUUCAUGGUUUUAUGACCCAUUUCUCUAAUAAUCCAACAUCUUUACCUACUAUGGAAAGACGAAGGUUUUCUACAAGUUGUUUAGAUUGUGUAUCAAGUUAUCUUGUGGAACUUCAAGCUAUUAGCAGUACUAAUCCUAAUGUUCGAAAUCUUGUACAACAAUUUAAAGCCUUACAAGCGAAACUAGAAAGACUUCAGUAUUAAACAAUCAACUAUAAAUAAUAAUGAAUUCUACCAAGGAAUAGUGCUAAUAUUGAUUAAAUGACAUUACAAAAUGAUUUAUGGUGUCAUCCCUUUCUUUAAAAUGCAUAUUAGACAAAAAACAAUCAUCUCCUUACCUAUAAAUAUUAAUGGUAAACUAAAUAUUUAGAUUCUUUAUCUUUACAUGAACUAUUGUGUACAUCGAUCCAUAGGAAUAUUGAAUUGAUUAUCUUUAUAACAUUUAUAAAUUAUCUAUAAAAAUCAGAAUUAUAUCUUUGUGAUAGAAAAUGUAUUAUAACAUGUUGUUAAAUGAUGUUUGAUGGCGGUUAUAUAAUGUAUUUCAUCUUCCAUCAUGUAUGUAAUUUGAAUAUUCAAUUUUUAUAUAUCCACAUUAGGCAAUACAAAAUAAAUAUUCUGGUUCACAUAUACUCCUGCUUCACUUAAUUACUUCACUUAAAUAUUUUCGCUCGGUUACAGGCAGCGUGACAAAUGUUACUGGCAAUCAUGAGUGACACUAGAUAAUCAUACAUUCCUAUAAACCACACGAAAGCCUUGAAAUGUGAUUUUGCCCAUAGUGAUCCGUUGACAAAAUAAAAAUAAAAACCUCCCUCUCGCAUCAGAUAUUUUUGCAAGAUUUUCUGAGAACGAGAAUAUUUUAUUUUGUAUUGCAUUAAUGAGUGAAAUUUGUAUUGACGUUGAAUUCAUAGCUAGCAUGGACGGUUUUGCUGCUGGUAAUGGUGGGCAUAUUAUAUGUUUGUUAUAUAUAUAAAAUUGUAUAAUGUGAUAUUAUCAAAUAAUAAAAGCAUUAUAUGUUAGAAGGAUUUUUGUGGAGUACCUUCAGGUUUAGUUUUGUGUACAAUAUUACAAAUUUUGUCAGAUAUGGCAAUCUGUAUGACUAAAUGUAAAGCCAUUCAAAGUUUCAUAAACAUGCCUUUCUUAUAAAUGGCUUAAUUUUUUUCAAUUAUCUGUUCAGUUAUUUAAUUAUAUCCUUUAUAAAGAUAUAAUUUUGUGAAGUCAGUAAAUCAAGAAAUGAACAUAAUGAAAGUUAUUUUUUAAUAUACCUAAUGUGUCAUAUAAUGAAAUAAACAAUGUAAAUAAACCAAAUAUAUCA